UUAAGAUUGGACACUAUCUACAAUACCUUGAUCUCUCUCGACCGAUGACGACGCCGGCAAAGAGAGCGCUGAUCAUUACCAGCCCCUGGGGAGACCUUCGAGGCACUCAAAAUGACAGAGACUGCAUGCAGUCGGUGCUAGCCAAAUAUGGUUUUCAGGUCGCUCAUUGUCACGGUGCCCAGGCCACCCGUACCGGCAUUCUAGAGGCAUGGAAGCAGCUCAUCUCGGAGACGGGGGAUGGGGACUCCGUUGCCAUUUACUACUCAGGACAUGGGGGUCUCGUGGAAUCGGCACCCAACACUGAAAAUGCAAGGGAGUGGCGUUACCAGUUUCUCGUCCCUGUGGACUUCGACGAUGUCAAUUCGAGUGGUUUUAAUGGAAUCCUUGACGUGGAACUCUCGCAGCUGCUCCGCGCGACCACUGCGCGCACCCGAAACGUGACCGUCAUUCUCGACUGCUGUUUCUCGGGGCGAAUGGUUCGAGCACCCGGGUACGGGGACGCAGCGAGGCCCAAGCAGGUGCCUUCCGUACGCUAUGAGGAUGUCGCCGAGUUUGUGACGCACCGAGUGGAGCGUGUCACGACGGAGAUGGGAGAAGCCUCCAGCAUUGGCGAUGACAACCCGGAUGCGGUCCGUAUAGUCGCAGCUGCUCCUUCCGAAACAGCAUGGGAAGUUCGAGGCGAAGAUGGGAGGUGGAUGGGGUCUUUUACCUCGGCGCUUGCUCAAUUUCUGACUGAGGCGCACGGUCAUCAACUGUCUUGGAGAACAAGCAUCUUACGAGUCCAGGAAUUGGUCCAGGCACAGUUUCCGACCCAGCAUCCGCGGGUGGAGGGUCCGCAUACGCGCAUCCACUUUUCACUUGACGAGGUCAAUUCAGAAGCCAUCCACCUGAAGAUUGAGAAUGGUUUACCCGUGCUCCAGGCUGGUUUUGUCGCUGGUGUAUCAGAAGGUGAUGUGUAUGCCGUGACGCGCCUGACUUCGGAGCGGUUCACGGAGGAACAGCAAAUAGCUGUGUGUGAGGUUAUCAACGUUCAAGCCUUUCAAGCUUUGGUGCAAUUGCACUAUCCAAGUUCGACUCCAACGCAACAGGUUCCACGGGAAGGGGCUCUAGCCUUUUUGCAAGAGAGUGCACCAUAUCGGUGGCCAAUUUCGGUACCACCCUCUCUGUUGGAGUCACUUAGUGACAAGGUUCAGAAGUCACGCUUUCUUCGGCUUGCCGGCGAGAACGAACCAGGCACUCCUCUGUUAUCGAUUUAUCACAGAGAUAGCUUUAUCGGUAUUGAGUCUAAGCAAGGAUUAUCUCUUACAACUCGCUACCUCAACUCGGAGAAUCCCACACAGAUGGACUGUGCCUACCAGGCAGUUCUAGCAGAGGCUGAUCGUUUCGCCUGUGCUCAGCGUCUCCUGGGUCUGCGCAACAAUAGCCCUGAUGACCUUCUGAAUCAUCAAGUAGACGUCAAAGUCGGGCUGGUUGAGAAUCAUCAGCCUACAAGAAGCCUCGCCGGAGCAGGGUGCGAUGAGCUAUACGAAGGCCGGAGGAUAUACAUAGCUCUUCGGAAUGACGGCAUGACUACGACCUAUGUCACCGUACUCCACAUCAAUGCUCAAGGAAAGAUAUCCUUGAUAUCUCGAUCCAGUCCGUUUGGAAUUGAGCUUCCUUCUGGGCGUUGUCACUGGAUUCGCAAAACACCAUUUGGUGUUCUCGAGGGUCUGAAAAUCUCCUGGCCGGCCGAUGUACCACGAGCUUCUCCUAUCGAUGAGCACCUGCUCUUUUUUAUCACCAGCACUCCCGUGGAUCUGCGGCCGAUCACUGAUUAUCAAGUCGGCCCUCAUCGGACUGCUACCUCAAACUUCGAACGCAUCAUAUAUAGGCUGUGUCAAGGCGAGCGGAGAGAUCUCAUGGAGGACGCCGAGCCCAGCCAAACUGCCUACGAUAUUAUUCAUUUCCCGCUGACUGUGCUUGCACAAAAUGGAUCACUAUCUCUCCACACUACUUCUCAGGAGGUUCAGCAUCAUUCGGCUCACAGUACAAGCCAGACCUCUCUCAAUGGCAGACCUUCAAUGCUUAGUGAUGAACAAGAACUCCCAGCUCUGCCGCCACAUCUCCACCCAGAGUCAAGGAGAGUCCGCAAGGGCAUCUUCGGUCAAGCUCUUCGGUCCAUCAGGGGAGUUCCCGCUUGCGUAUGGGUGAUCAAUGAGCACACCGAACCCAUCACCGUUGUGGUCUCCCCAUACCGGCCAUCGCGUCUGUGGACCGAGGCCGGCUUGAACGUCUCAACCACGGGCGUUGGCAUUGAUAUCUCCACCGCAACAUUCACGCCCCCCGCAACGCGGAAGACGCUGCCCGCCGCAGUCCCGGGUCAGCUGAAACCCCCCACAGCCGUUUUCCCGCUCUGGACCCGCCGGGAUGGGUUCGGGGUCAUCACCGUGUUGGUGGGUGCGACGACGACACCGACUUUGUAUAUCGAAAACGAUCGCAUUCCGAUUGGGGCGACGGCUUACUUCCGGAAUGAGCCGGACCUGCACGUUAAAGAGUACUCGACGCAGUAGGGAUCAUCGUGUAUCAUGAUGAUCGCUUCAGUUUCGGUUGGC